AUUAUCCACACUCGCACUCCACGGCUGCGUUCGUAAACGUUACCCGCAGGGUAUAAAUGUCUCUGAACUCGUUCAGAAAGUCGAAAAAUACAUUAUGGUGGAAAAGUUACCUUUACCCACAUGCGUUUAGAAAGUUCUUGAGGAAUUACCCAGGGUGCUCCUUAUGUACCCUGGGCUGCGUUCGUAAACGUUACCCGCAGGGUAUAAAUGUCUCUGAACUCGUUCAGAAAGUCGAAAAAUACAUUAUGGUGGAAAAGUUACCUUUACCCACAUGCGUUUAGAAAGUUCUUGAGGAAUUACCCAGGGUGCUCCUUAUGUACCCUGCUCGCGACUGAGGUAGAGUUUACCCGUCAUGCGCAGAAACGCACUUUUCACAUUUUACACAAGAAUUCCGUACCAGGGGAAAGAAACCUCUCUGUCCGUACGUGAAAUAAGUGAAAUUACAAUAGUGUACCAAAUAUGUCUAAUUGUAAGAUAUCACAAUCCCAAGCUUUGUAUAAAGUUAUAGAAGGUGCCGAUAGAAAUCCAAUUUUCAACGCAGAAAUGUCGGAAGUUUAUUUACGUGACAAUAAAACAGGCAGAAUGGCUUAUAUUCCUUUAACGGAAUAUAUUAUUGAAACUUUGCUCAAACCGUAUGGAAUAGAAAUUAUGUUACCCGAAAAAAAUGUUGAUACAGAAAAUUCAUCUCGCUGUUCGACAUCUAUCUUAGAAGAAACUGAGAACAUAAUAUUGAUACCCUUAGAAGAGAGCAAUGAAAAAGUUCUGGAUAAAGGAAUGAAAAACUUAUGGACAGAUAAAAGUAGAGCAAUGCUGCUACAUUUGUACAAAAAGUAUCAAAAUGAUUUUAGUUCCAAUUGCAUUAAAAAGGACGAUAUCUGGACUAAAAUUGCCUGUGGUAUGAAAUGCGAAAGCUAUAAUUUUGUUGCAGCACAAUGUAAAGAAAAAAUGAAAUACAUGAAGAAAAAGUAUUUUAAAAAAAUGUAAAAAAUGUCAGGAUACCUAUAAGAAUCUGGCGUCGCUAAUAGCCAUAUUGUUGCUAAUAACUGUUUUUCAACUGGGACCAUUGGUCUCCCAGUUCCAGUAGUAUUAGUAUUUUCUAUUUGUGGACCAACAAUAAUAAGUAAACUUUGGAAAGUU